GCGCACCGCGUCGCACAGGGCGUGCGCGCGGGCAUCGUGUGGAUCAACGCGCGCCACCGCAACGACCCGAGCUCACCGUGGGGCGGUUUCGGCCACUCGGGCGUCGGACGCGAGAACGGGUGGGAGGCGCUGCACGAGUACACCGAGACGCAGUCCGUCGUCGUCUGCCUCGACGACACACCCCAUUGA